UUCAUCAAGAAUUACAAGGAGAAAACUGUUUUUACUUAAAUAGUGGAAAUAGUAAACAUUUUUGAACAAAUUUUAACGGAAAAAAGUUGAAAGGUGAACGUUUCAGUCAAAGUUUUGGAAAAAUCAAAAACUGAUAUCAUUUUUAUAUAAAGUAAAAUUUUGACGUGUCAAAUAACCUAAAUGUGACCAAUUUUCGGGACGCCAAUGAUUCAUCUGCCUUGAAUGUGUGUUUGAAUAUCAUGCCAUUCAUGAUUUAAACAAAAAAUUUCAAUGUGACUUUCAACACUUUUUCUUGCUGGCUGCAGUGCUCCGCAUCCAUAACUUUCUUAAAUAGUAAAGCAACAAAAUGGGUAUAUUUAGCCGAAGGGAUGAAAAAAACCAGGUGGCCCCAGUUUCUGGCCAACAGACAGGAGCCACAUCCCAUACCCUCAAACAUGGAUGUCUGCCAAUUGGUUUACCACAGCCGUUACAAAUGGAAGAGAAGAAGUUUCUGUUGGCCGUGGAACGUGGUGAUAUAGCGAAUGUAAGAAGAAUACUGCAAAAAGCCCAUCGCAAAAGUCAUGUCAACAUUAAUUGCAUGGAUCCUUUGGGUCGACGUGCCUUAACUCUAGCUAUUGACAAUGAGAAUUUAGAAAUGGUGGAGCUUUUGGUUAUUAUGGGUGUGGAGACCAAGGAUGCUUUGUUGCAUGCCAUUAAUGCAGAGUUUGUGGAGGCUGUAGAACUUCUGUUGGAGCACGAGGAGUUGAUAUACAAAGAAGGUGACCUAUAUAGUUGGCAAAAAGUUGACAUUAAUACGGCCAUGUAUCCGCCGGAUAUAACACCUCUAAUACUGGCCGCACACAAAAACAAUUUCGAGAUUCUGAAAAUCCUUCUGGACAGAGGUGCUGCGGUCCCCGUGCCCCAUGACAUCAGGUGUGGCUGUGAAGAAUGCGUACGCAUGACCUCCGAAGAUUCUUUAAGACAUUCCCUUUCCCGUGUUAAUAUUUAUCGAGCUCUUUCUAGUCCUUCACUCAUCUGUUUGACCUCACAUGAUCCCUUAUUGACUGCAUUUCAGCUAUCAUGGGAAUUAAGGACCUUGGCAUUAACCGAACAGGAAUGCAAAGCUGAAUAUGUAGAACUGAGACGUCAAUGUCAAAAUUUUGCUGUUAGUCUUUUGGAUCAAACACGAACCUCCAAUGAAUUGGCCAUUAUAUUAAAUUAUGAUCCAGACAUCUCAACAUAUCAGCCAGGCGAUCGAAUGUCUUUGAAUCGGCUAACACAGGCGGUCUACUACAAACAGAAAAGGUUUGUAGCCCAUUCCAAUAUCCAACAAUUGCUAUCGGCCAUUUGGUAUGAAGGUCUUCCCGGGUUUCGACGCAAAACGCUGCUGGAGAAAAUGAUUUGCAUUGCCCAAGUUGCUGUUCUAUUUCCCAUCUAUUGCAUGAUCUACAUGGUGGCUCCCAAUUGCAAAACUGGUCAACUGAUGCGUAAACCGUUCAUGAAGUUUCUCAUUCAUGCCUCGUCAUAUCUCUUCUUUUUGUUUAUCCUUAUACUGGUCUCACAGCGAGCCGAUGAAGAUGUGAUACGUAUCCUUGGUACCGACAACAUGAAACACCAACUCAUGGAGGAUAAAAUGCGUCAGCGUGGCCGUGGACCCACCAAAUUAGAGCUACUGGUUGUUCUCUAUUUAUUCGGCUUCAUGUGGGAGGAGGUCCAGGAGAUAUUCAGUGUGGGCAUGAAGUGCUAUCUGAGGAAUAUGUGGAAUUUUAUUGAUUUCCUACGGAAUAGCUUAUACAUCAGUGUGGUGUGUUUAAGAACCUUGGCUUAUAUCCAACAAGCUCGUGAAAUUGCUUUGGAUCCUAAAAUGGCAUAUGUGCCGCGCGAGAAAUGGAAUGACUUUGAUCCACAACUGAUAGCCGAAGGACUGUUUGCUGCUGCCAAUGUUUUCUCUGCCUUGAAAUUGGUGCAUCUGUUCUCCAUCAAUCCGCAUUUGGGACCCUUGCAAAUCUCAUUAGGGCGCAUGGUCAUAGACAUUGUGAAAUUCUUCUUCAUCUACUCGUUGGUGCUGUUUGCCUUUGCCUGUGGCCUAAAUCAAUUGUUGUGGUAUUUUGCUGAUUUGGAGAAAAGUAAAUGUUAUGUCCUGCCUGAUGGAGAGGCUGACUGGGCAGGACAUUCGGAUUCGUGUAUGAAAUGGCGUAGAUUUGGAAAUUUGUUUGAAUCCUCCCAGUCAUUGUUUUGGGCCAGUUUCGGCAUGGUUGGCCUGGAUGAUUUCGAACUGACUGGCAUUAAGUCCUACACACGUUUUUGGGGUCUUCUCAUGUUCGGCUCAUACAGCGUCAUCAAUGUGAUAGUGCUCUUGAAUCUGCUAAUCGCCAUGAUGUCCAACUCCUAUGCCAUGAUUGAUGAACAUUCCGAUACCGAGUGGAAGUUUGCACGUACCAAGCUAUGGAUGAGCUUUUUUGAUGACAGCUCCACCCUACCGCCACCCUUUAAUAUUUUGCCCUCUGUUAAGUGGCUCAUUAGAUUGUUUAGGAAAUCGAGCAAAGAGAUUGAUCGCAAGCGUUCCAAGAAACGUCAUGCCAAGGAGCAGGGAAAUGCUUACGAAAACAUCAUGCGCUCGCUUGUAUGGCGUUAUGUAGCUGCCCAACAUCGCAAGUUCGAAGAUAAUCCCGUGACAGAGGAUGACAUCAAUGAGGUCAAGAGUGAAAUAUCCACAAUGCGUUAUGAAAUGUUGGAGAUAUUUGAAAAUAGUGGCAUGGAUGUUACAUCGGCAGCCAAGAAGGAGAAACCUUGCCGCGCCCGCAAAACCAAAGUCUGGGAGCGUCGUCUAAUGAAAGGUUUCCAAUUGGCCCCCGUCGAUAAUGUCAAUGAUGAGAAUGCUCGCGAUGGCAAUGGCAAUGGCAAUUUUAAUGUCAACGGCUAUGGUGAUAUGAAUGAGAUUAGGGUGGAAAAAGUUGCCUCGCGGCCAGCCCAAGAGACACCAAAGCAGCGUUUCCAAAGAGUUGCUCGUCAAGUGGCAGCCCAAUCAACUGCCCAUAAAUGGACCAUGGUUUUGCAAGGCACUCUCAAAAAUUCUCAAAUAGGACGCAGCAACAAGGAAGCUGCCAAGAAUGUAGAACAAUUGGGCAAGGCAAUUGAGGAGGCUAAAAAGUUAAUUCUCCAUGUCCCCUCCAAAGUGCAUGGCCGCGAUUCACCCAUUGAAGUUGAGUUUGAAGAUGAAAAGGCUCAAACAUUGUUGGAGUUACUCAACCAAAUCAGUGAGGAGUUGGCUACCAGCCAAGGUGAGAAUUCAGCGCGUACUGGACAACUUGAAGAGGUACGGCGCAAAUUCUUACAACACCAGAAACCUCCACCGAGUACCUUUAACAAACACAUAGAGCAAGAUGCCCAAAAUAAGACCAAGUCGACCACCUCGAAAACCACAAAGGCGGUCACCACUCGCUCCCAGACAUUGCCCGAAAUACAGAUUACAAAAAAGGCCUCAGGCUCAAAUAACAAAUCGACUAUUAGUCAAACUACUGGUAAAAAUAAAAAGGCGGAUGAACUUCCUCUCUCAGCUGGCAGAUUACAUUCAUCAAAUAUGCCAGCGAAGAAAGCAGCUCCACCUGCUCCGGGCAGUGCAAAGCCCACAUCGACACGUCAACCCUUUUCAGUGGAAGUAAAUCGAGCCGGUCGAAGGCAACAACAACAACAAUAUCAGGGUAAUGUGGAUUUCAAUUUUGUCGAUUUGGAUGACUAUGACUCCGCCAUGAUGGAUGAUGUCUCACAGUACAGCGGAGCGGAGAAUCACUAAAGCCCAGCAAUUAAACCAGUGCAACACUUUGAUAUUACAAUACUUAGUACAACUUGUUAUUCUCCCCCUGUGGUCUUCUGAGUGAUGGAAUGUGCCUUAAAUAACAAAAAUGUUUUUCUCUUGUUUUUGGAAAAUUAAUCUAUAACAAACUUUUUGUGAUAAUAUUUGGGAUUUUUUAGAACUAUAAAAAAAUCUUCAAUAAAUAAAUAUAUUGAUAACUUGAA